CACUAAGGUAAUCAUGGUUUCCAGCAGCUUCCUCUAAUGCCCUCAUCUUCCAUAACUAUAGGACACUGGUCACAGUAAAGGAGUAAACAUCAGUACUACGCCUACUUCCUUCCUUCCAAAUGGGCUCUUCCUUUUACCGAGUUCUCCUAUGGGUUGGCUUCACUGCUCCAAUCUUCUGCGUGUCUUUAUCCAAUUCCAAUCCCGGCAACAGAGAGUCCCCCCGCCCUCCCUCCAUGAAGAGCAACCCAGCCUCUAAGGUGUCUCCCAGCAACACCAUGUUCGCCUUCUCCCUGUACCGGAGAUUGGUGCAGGAAAGCCCAGGUCAGAAUGUCCUCUUUUCUCCUGUGAGUAUCUCUACCUCCCUGGCCAUGCUGUCCCUGGGGGCCCGCUCAACCACCAAGAUGCAGAUCCUCCGCAGCCUUGGCUUCGAUCUCAUGGGCAUGCCAGAGCCCACCAUCCAUCUGGGCUUCGAAUACCUGGUCCACUCACUGAAUGCAUGCCACAAAGACCGGGACUUGCGGAUGGGCAGUGUUCUCUUCAUCAGGAAGGAGCUGCAGCUGCAGGCCAAUUUUCUGGACCGAGUCAAGAAGCUUUAUGGGACAAAAGUCUUUUCUGAAGACUUCUCAAACGCUGUCACUGCCCAGGCACGGAUCAACAGCUACGUGGAGAAGGAGACCAAAGGGAAGGUGGUGGAUGUAAUCCAAGACCUUGACUCUCAGACAGCCAUGGUCCUGGUAAACCAUAUCUUCUUUAAAGGGUCUUCCCGGGGACAAACUCCCUUAGACCCUGACGAGGAUGACAUCUGGACUCCGCCUGAAGACAAGAGUCUACAGUGA